AUGGCUCGUUUACGGCAAGCUUUGGUGGAUUGUGAGUUAAUAGAUAUGGGAUUUGUCGGUCCUAGAUUUACCUGGUCCAAUAGGUUUACCAAGGAACGACUUGAUCGAGCCUGCCAGAAUGUACAAUGGAGGGAACUCUACCCUUUCUCUAGAUGCAUCACUCUCCCUCUCAGUAGGUUUGAUCACUGUCCUCUUCUCAUUGAAAUGUAUCCGGAGCCAGCAAUCCUAAUUCGGACACCCAAACUUUUUCGCUUUGAGGAGAUGUGGCUACAGCAUACGGAUUGUAUGAAAGUGGUGCAGCAAGGGUGGAUGCUUCCAACUAUAGGGGAACCAAUGAUGCAGGUUGGUAGGAAAAUAAAACAGACAGGUCAACUCCUAUUGCGGUGGCAUUCUGGAGUGUUUCAACAAAGACAAACUGAGAUGAAGUUGAUUCAGGGAAAAUUGGAUGAUUUGAUGAAGCAGAGUUUUGAGCCAGGUUAUUUCGAAGUCCAAAAGGCCCUACAGUUUCGUCUCAAUGAACUGCUUUCGGCUAAUGAAAUGUAUUGGAGGCAGAGAUCAAGAGUGCAAUGGCUCAAGGAUGGGGAUCAUAACAUGGCUUUCUUUCAUCGGCGAGCCUCUAAUAGAAGGUGUCGAAAUCGGGUUAAAGGUUUGCUAAAUGAUGAAGGGCAGUGGACUGUCGAUCAGGGGGAAGUUAAUGAGCUCAUUAUCCAGUACUAUGAAGCCAUUUUUAGGGCUGGUGGUUCUGACCCGGCAGCUGCAUAA